AAAGAGUUAACUCUUUAGCUAAAGUGUGUGUUUGGCUUAUUUUUGCUUUGGGUUUCUUUGGCAUGUAUCUCAAAUUGCUUAUCAGAGCGGAAGGUUUGGUUGUAAAAACUUCACGUAUAAAGGAACCUAUAUAUUCCGUGAUUCUUUUCGAAACCUCUGACUACCAAACGGAAACACCGGCAAAUCAGAAGGAGGAAUACCUUCUGGUAUCUUCUUGCAAGGUCUGUGAAGACGACAUAGAGCGGUUUCAGACUCUUGACUGAAAAAUACAGACCGUUCUCUCUGUUUAUCGGCGCUAUCAGAGCGGCACGCAGAGCCUGGGGAGUUACGUGCCCGUCCGUCCCGGAGAUGCGGCGGGGCCGGGCAGCGGCGGGGCCGGGCAGCGGCGGGGCGCGGAGCGGGGCCGGUGCGGCCCCGGCGGGAGCGCACUUCCCGUCAUCCACGCGCCAUCUAGCGUCGGGAAAGGGAGCGGCUCGGCACGGGAGCGGAACGCAGAGGAGGAGGAAAAGGCUCCCACACCCGUCCCGGCUCUCGCCGUUCCCAAAGCUGGAGCAACUACUUCCCCGCCGUUCCCGGCGGGGCGCGGAGAUCUAGCGGCAGAGCCCGUAUUUCCAAAAGUCUCUAUGCAACUGAGCGCUCUCGCCAGACUUUCACAGUGGCUGGACCAGAACUGUCUCUAGAUUGACUCCCUUAGCUGUAGUAGGUGUUUGGAACCAUGGCGGCAGGUGUAGCAGCUUGGUUGCCCUUUGCCAGGGCAGCAGCCAUAGGAUGGAUGCCAGUGGCUACUGGUCCCAUGCCAGCUGCUCCACGGCAGGAGAGAAAGCGAAGCCAGGACUCUCUGAUUGUGCUGAAUGUGAGUGGCAUCCAGUUCCAGACAUGGCUGGACACCUUAGAGCGCUACCCUGACACUCUGCUGGGCAGUUCGGAGCGGGACUUCUUCUACCACCCUGAGACACAGCAGUACUUUUUUGAUCGGGACCCUGACAUUUUCCGCCACAUUCUCAACUUUUACCGUACUGGGAAGCUUCAUUAUCCCCGCCAGGAGUGCAUCUCAGCUUAUGAUGAGGAGCUGGCCUUCUUUGGCAUCAUCCCUGAGAUCAUUGGUGACUGCUGUUACGAGGAGUACAAGGAUCGCCGGCGCGAGAACGCUGAGCGCCUGCAGGAUGAUGCUGAUACGGAUCAUGUAGCUGAGAGCGCCUUGCCCUCAAUGACAGCUCGUCAGAGGAUGUGGCGGGCCUUUGAAAACCCACACACCAGUACCCUGGCUCUAGUCUUCUACUAUGUCACCGGUUUCUUCAUCGCCGUCUCUGUAAUUGCCAACGUGGUGGAGACAGUGCCCUGUGGGGUGAGCCCGGGUCGCAUCAAAGAGCUGCCCUGUGGAGAGCGGUAUGCAGUGGCUUUCUUCUGUCUGGAUACUGCCUGUGUGAUGAUCUUCACAGUUGAAUAUCUCCUACGUCUGCUGGCAGCUCCUAGUCGCUACAAAUUUGUGCGUAGUGUCAUGAGUAUCAUUGACGUGGUGGCCAUUAUGCCAUAUUACAUUGGCCUGGUGAUGACAGAUAAUGAGGAUGUCAGUGGGGCUUUUGUGACAUUAAGAGUCUUUCGUGUCUUCAGGAUCUUUAAGUUUUCCCGCCACUCACAGGGUCUGCGCAUCCUGGGCUAUACGCUGAAAAGUUGUGCCUCGGAGUUAGGCUUCCUCCUCUUCUCACUCACUAUGGCCAUCAUCAUCUUUGCCACAGUCAUGUACUAUGCAGAGAAAGGUUCAUCAGCCAGCAAGUUCACCAGCAUCCCUGCAGCCUUCUGGUACACCAUCGUCACCAUGACAACACUGGGAUAUGGUGACAUGGUGCCAAAGACAAUAGCUGGCAAGAUUUUUGGUUCAAUAUGCUCCCUGAGUGGGGUCUUGGUCAUUGCUCUGCCAGUUCCUGUAAUUGUCUCCAACUUCAGCCGUAUUUACCACCAGAACCAACGAGCAGACAAGCGCAGGGCACAAAAGAAAGCCAGGCUCGCUCGGAUCCGCGCCGCCAAGAGUGGGAGCGCUAAUGCCUACAUGCAGAGCAAACGGAAUGGCUUGCUGAGUAACCAGCUGCAGCAGUCCUCCAAUGAAGAAGAACAGGCCUUUGUUGGCAAAUCUGGCUCUUCCUUUGAAACACAGCACCACCACCUGCUUCACUGCCUGGAAAAAACUACGAACCACGAGUUUGUGGACGAGCAAGUGUACGAAGAGAGCUGCAUGGAGGUCUCCACGGUGAACAGGCCGCCGAGCCACAGCCCGUCUCUGUCGUCGCAGCAGGGCGUGACCAGCACGUGCUGCUCGCGGAGGCACAAGAAGACGUACCGCAUCCCCAACGCCACCGCCUCCGGCAGCCGCCCCGGCAGCGUGCAGGAGCUCAGCACCAUCCAGAUCAGAUGUGUGGAGAGGACGCCUCUGUCUAACAGCCGUUCCAGCUUAAACGCCAAAGUGGAAGAGUGCGUUAAACUAAACUGUGAGCAGCCUUAUGUCACUACAGCAAUAAUCAGCAUCCCAACACCUCCAGUCACCACACCUGAAGGAGACGACAGGCCAGACUCUCCCGAGUAUUCGGGAGGAAACAUUGUCAGAGUAUCUGCAUUAUAAAACAAGGAGUUAUUUAUAAAUUAGCAUAAAGACCACUUGCAAGCUGAGCUCGAGCAGUGAAAAACGAGUCAUGAGGAAAAAGAGAGCUGACAAAGACAACACCCCUUGACCAGUGUGCCAGUGGCUGCAGAGAAAGAGGUUCAGGAGAAACAAACUUUGUGGGUUUUGGUGUCGUGGGGUGUGAACCAAAAGGAGUUUCUUACCCCCUGUCUGAACUGACGCGUGGUGGAAUCUUCUGUGACCAUCCUGACUUUACUAUAUGAGCACAAUGAAAUGUCCCCAUUGAUGCUUCUUCUUAUCAUGAAAGCUCUUUUUAGAAAAAAAACACAAACAAAAAAAUAGAAACCCGUGUUCCUGCUGAAUGCAAAACAACAAGAAACAUUUUGAUAACAUGUCUUUUUUUUCCCUGUUAAUAAACCACAAACUUGUUGAAGAACUGUUAAAAAAUGAACGAAAAAAUGCUCAUAUGAAAUAUGUUUGUACUGACUGAAAGAACUACAACCAUAAUGCAUGCUGAAAUUAUUUGAAGCUGUGAUCUCAGUUUACUUUUAUUGUUUUUCAGAUUAGGCAUGAUAAAAUAAUACUGUAGAAAGGGGCAUUUCUGUGCACUUACAACAAGCUGAUUGUUAAUGUUCCAUGGUAGUUGUACAAAUAACUUCCCUUUGAAAAAUGCAGUAUUUCUUACUCAAACACUCAUUAGUGAACUAAAGGUGUUCAGUUAGUACAAUAUUUACUAUUGUUUUAUCUUGCUUCCUAGGUACUGUUACAACUGCAAUAAGUCAUUGUACACCUGUUGUAUCAGGAAUCAGGAUUUUUUUUUUUUAAGGUAUUUUACACAACUUCAUCUACACUAUACACUUCUAAUGGCAAACAUUUAAAUAA